AUGAUCCCAUUAAAACGCAGGAAAGUAUCUCUAACUGUUAGCCAACAGAAUGACAUCUGUAAAUUUCCCCAUGUUUCUAUAUUCAUCUUGGAGAGAAAGCUGGGAACGUCUAGAAGAGCAUUUCUUACACGACUAGGACGGAGCAAAGGAUUUCUUAUUAAAGAAACCUACAGUUCCUCCAUCACACAUAUUGUAUCAGAAAACAACAGUGGAGAUGAAGUGCAGGCCUGGCUGGACAAUCAAACAGGACCAGACACUUCCAGUUCUGUCCAUUUGUUAGACAUCAGGUGGUUUACGGAGAGCAUGGAGGCAGGACAUCCCGUUACUGUUCAGGACAGUCACACAUUACAGGUUAACCCAAAACCCAACAUAGACCCAACUGCAAUGCUGGUGAAAAGUUAUGCCUGUCAAAGACGAACACCUUUGAAACACCACAAUUCAUUUCUAACAGAAGCUCUUGAAAUCUUGUCUCAAAAUGCCGAAUAUAAUGACAAUGAAGGACGGAGCGUCGCUUUUAGACGGGCAGCUUCAGUCCUAAAGGCACUUCCCCAUCGAGUGAAGAACAUGGAGGAUCUGAGGUCUUUGCCCUGUCUGGGUGACCAUUCACAGAGGGUUAUUAAGGAGAUUUUAGAAGAUGGAUCAUCAAGAGAAGUGGAGUCAACAAGACAAUCAGAUCAAUUUCAGGCCAUGAAGGCACUAACUGGUAUUUUUGGGGUGGGUGUGCGGACGGCAGAUCGCUGGUUUAGAGAGGGAUUGCGAUCUCCUGAUGAUUUGUUUCGCACAGGACAACAGUUGAACCGUGAACAGCAAGCGGGAGUCCAGUAUUACGCUGACCUCCAGAAACCCGUCACUAAGGCGGAGGCUGAUGUCAUCAGUGAUAUCGUAGAGAAAGCUGUGCGCGCUGUGCUGCCCGGAGCGGAGAUCAGGCUCAUGGGAGGGUUCAGGAGGGGGAAAGAAGUCGGUCAUGAUGUGGACUUUCUCAUAACACAUCCAGAAGAAGGAAAAGAGGAAGGACUGAUGCCUAAAAUCACAAACUGGCUGGAGCAGCAGGGUUUACUGCUGUAUCAGAAGACGACCAGAAACUCUUAUCUGGAAAAAAUGGACGGUCCAGCUAGAGCUCCUCAUAACAUGGAUCGCUUUGAGAGAUGCUUUUCCAUAUUUAAGCUUCAGACAGGAAGUGAAACUGAAGGAGCCAGUAGGUCAGGCUGGAGAGCUGUACGGGUAGAUCUGGUGGUCAGUCCCUACAGCCAGUUUGCCUUCGCUACGCUCGGGUGGACCGGGUCUAAGCUGUUUGAGAGGGAGUUGAGGCGGUGGGCUGGGCAAGAGAAGCACAUGUCUUUGAGCAGUCACGCACUGUACGACAGCAAACAGAAUCUAUACCUCAGAGCAAAGACGGAAGAGGAGAUUUUUGCCUACCUGGGUCUGGAGUUUAUUCCUCCGUCCGAGCGCAACGCCUGAAUCUCCAGUCUCCAGUUAUCACGACUAAUGUGCCGGUGCUUCCAUCACAGAGCCGUACAUACUUUUGAGUUUGGCUGCCAGUUAUGAUCAGGUCACGUUUCACAUGGAAAAGUUUAUAAGAUGUGCAAAUG